AUGUCUGACGCGUGGGAAGAAAUUCAAGCUGUAAAAAGUAAAAGAAACAGCCUAAGGGAAAAGCUUGAGAAACGUAAAAAGGAGCGGCAGAACAUUCUAAGCGCAACUCUCGUCAGUGAUAAAGCUGAAAUUACGCCAGGCAGCAAAGAAAAAUCCGUCGCUAGUCCGGCAUCACAAAAAAAUGAAGCACCAGAGAAACCCAAACUUCCAGUACCCGUGGCGUCAUUGGAAGUCAGACUCUUACAAGUUCUCUCAGAUAUGCAACUGCAAUUACCAGCUACUGCCAGUGCCCUGAUGCCUGGGCUUGGUGAUGUUGAUACAGGGAUAGUAGCUAGCUUGCUGCAGAAGUUUGCGACACAAAAGUUAAUUACUAUAAAAGAGCGCUUAGAAGGCUCCACUGAUACCGAAAUUGAAGUGGUGGGUGCAGAGUCUGUGAGGUUGGGUGCAGUUCUGGCAGCUUUGAUUGAAGAACAGUCCACAUCUACUAAAAGAAAAGGUGACAGCGCAACAGAUGAGAGCACAAAUCCAAAAGUCCCUAAAAGUGCUACUGACGACAAAAAAGGAGGGAAGGGUGAUACAGACAUUAUGUCGUUAUUAGCAAUGCCAUCAAGCCGAGAAAAGGCAGUGAAGAGGGUAGGCGAAGAAAUAAUGGACUUGCUGAGUAAACCCACUGCUAAGGAAAAAUCAUUGGCUGAUAAGUUCAAAAGUCAAGGAGGAGCUCAAGUGAUGGAAUUCUGUCCACACGGAACCCGAGCGGAAUGCGUGCGCGCAUUCAAGUCUCACGACGAUGAUGACAAAGAGACAGACAAUCAGAACUACGGCUGCAAGAAGCUCCACUUUAAGAAGAUUAUUCAGAGUCAUACGGAUGAAUCACUUGGCGACUGCUCCUUCUUAAACACAUGUUUCCAUAUGGAUAGUUGCAAAUAUGUUCAUUAUGAAGUAGAUAACGCAGACCCUAAUAUUACAAAUAAAAUGAUCACCGAGCCAGCUGCUAAGGGUGGACACAAUGGUUCGACUCUAGUACCUAAACCGGAUGGAGUGUUAACUCUUACGCCUCCGCAAUGGAUUCAGUGUGACUUGCGGUAUUUGGAUAUGACAUUUUUAGGCAAAUUCGCGGUCAUAAUGGCGGAUCCGCCGUGGGACAUCCACAUGGAACUGCCGUACGGGACGAUGUCGGACGAUGAGAUGCGAUGUCUGGGGGUGCCUCAGCUUCAAGACAGCGGUCUUAUUUUCCUGUGGGUCACUGGAAGGGCGAUGGAGCUCGGUAGAGAGUGUCUGAAGCUGUGGGGCUACGAACGGGUGGACGAACUGAUUUGGGUGAAGACCAACCAGUUACAAAGGAUUAUACGCACCGGCCGCACUGGACACUGGCUCAAUCACGGCAAAGAACACUGUCUGGUUGGCAUGAAAGGCAACCCGGAGAACUUGAACCGUGGCCUGGACUGUGAUGUGAUCGUUGCCGAAGUAAGGGCCACCUCACACAAGCCAGACGAAAUCUACGGCAUUAUCGAAAGGCUUAGCCCCGGCACUAGGAAAAUAGAACUAUUUGGCCGACCACACAAUGUGCAGCCUAACUGGAUAACUCUCGGCAAUCAAGUAGACGGUGUACGUUUGGUGGACCCUGAUCUUAUUGCGGCAUUCAAGAAACGUUAUCCCGAUGGAAACUGUAUGGCGCCGCCUACAGAUCCUGGACUCACGUAG